GCGCCAGUCCGGUCACAGUCCCUUAGGCCAGACCAAGAUGCCAUGCAAGAUCUUCUCAACGGCUUCAAAUCCAAGCCACCGGCGAGCUGGUCCCCCGGCACCUAUUACUGUGACUGGAAUAACACACGAUGCGACAAAGAUGGCAAGGUGACCAUAAUCCUAAUCAAGGAUCAAGGCCUAACCGGUUCACUCUCUCCGGCGAUCAGAAAUCUCAGAUCUUUGACCCGCCUCGAGCUUCAGGGGAACCAGCUCUCCGGACCCUUCCCAAGCCUUGCAGGGUUGUCAUCCCUUCAGACUCUUUACGCCCAUGGCAACCAGUUCUCUUCUUUCCCCUCCGACUUCUUCUCCGGCCUCACUUCCCUUCGGGAUUUCGUCAUCGACAACAAUCCGGCCGCGGCGUGGUCGAUUCCGGAUAACAUCAAGGAGGCCACACAGAUGGCCACUUUCUCCGCCACUAAUGUCAGCGUUACCGGCAAGAUACCGGAAUUCUUUGGCAGCAGCUACAUGGUCAGUUUGACUGAUUUGCGCCUCGGUCGCAACCAGCUUGAAGGUGGAUUGCCUAACAGUUUCUCAGGUUCCGGGAUUCAGACUCUUGAACUGAAUGGCAAUAGGCUCAAUGGCACAAUUGAUGUGAUACAGAACAUGACCAGCUUGCAAGUGCUAUGGUUACAUAUGAAUGAGUUUACUGGUCCUUUACCGGACUUUUCGCAGUUGAGCAGCAUAAGCACCGUGAGUUUGAGGGAUAACAAGUUCACGGGUAUUGUUCCUCAGUCCUUGGUGGAUAAACCCCUUGCGGUUGUCAAUCUGACCAACAAUUUGCUUCAGGGGCCGACUCCCAAGUUUAAGGAUACUACUCAAGUGGAUAUGAAUAACGGUAAUAGCUUCUGCACGAAUGAGACGGGUCAAGAAUGUGAUCCGCGUGUUACUAUAAUGCUUUCGAUUGCCAAAGACAUGGGUUACCCUGAAGAGUUUGCGGAAAAUUGGAAGGGGAAUGAUCCUUGUUAUCCUUGGCCUGGCUUGACAUGUUCAGGAGGAAACAUCACCAGAGUCAACUUUCAAAAGAAGAGUCUGGCAGGUACAAUAUCCUCUAACUUUUCAUUGCUUACAUAUCUGACAGAUUUGAGACUCAAUGAUAAUUCCUUGACUGGGACUAUACCUGUGGAGCUUACAAAACUUCCAAACCUUAAGAAUGUUGAUUUCUCAAAUAAUAGACUCUAUGGUAAAAUACCUAUGUUUGGAGAUGGUGUGGUUGUGAAGUUAGAGGGAAACCCUGAUAUAGGUAAAGACCAGCCUAUCACACCUACGGCUCCUAGUGGUGGAGGUGACAAGAAAUCCAACACUGGUGUGAUCAUUGGUGUUGUUGUCGGAUGUAUUGUUGGAUUGGUUCUAGUUGGGGCUCUCGUCUUUUGUAUGCUGAAGAGAAAAAAGAGGCGUUCUGGUAAAGUGCAAAGUCCGAAUUCGUUGGUUAUACACCCUCGUCAUUCUGGUGAUCAAAAUGCUGUCAAAAUUUCAGUUGCUAAUACGUUAAAGAGCAAUGGGAAUGAGUCUGUCAAUAGUCCCCCGAAUAAUGGGCCUAAUGACAUUCAUGUUGAGGCUGGAAAUAUGAUUAUUUCUAUCCAAGUUUUGAGGACUGUGACCAAUAACUUCAAUGAAGAUAAGAUAUUGGGAAAAGGUGGUUUUGGAACUGUGUACGAAGGAGAAUUGCAUGAUGGAACAAAAAUUGCCGUGAAGAGAAUGGAACCUGGUGUGGUAGCUGAGAAAGGCUUGCAUGAGUUCAAGUCUGAGAUUGCAGUUCUUACUAAAGUCCGACAUCGCCACUUGGUGGGACUUGUUGGAUAUUGUCUGGAUGGGAAUGAGAGGCUUCUUGUCUAUGAGCACAUGCCGCAGGGGACUCUUAGUAGACACUUGUUCAACUGGAAAGAAGAAGGCCUAGAGCCACUUGAAUGGACUAGAAGACUGACCAUUGCCUUGGAUGUUGCGAGAGGAGUUGAAUACCUGCACGGUUUGGCCAACGAAAUCUUCAUUCAUAGAGACCUUAAACCUUCUAAUAUAUUACUUGGAGAUGAUAUGCGGGCGAAAGUGGCAGACUUUGGAUUAGUUCGUCUGGCUCCAGCUGGGAAAGCCUCGAUUGAGACAAGACUAGCAGGAACAUUUGGUUAUUUGGCUCCAGAAUAUGCAGCAACCGGACGGAUGACACUGAAGGUAGAUGUGUACAGCUUUGGAGUAAUAUUGAUGGAGUUGAUCACGGGUAGAAAAGCAAUUGAUGAAAACCAGCCUGAGGAGAGUUGUCACCUAGUGACAUGGUUUCGUAGAAAGCUUAUCAAGUCAGAUGCACUCCUCGAGAUUGUUGAUCCAACCAUUGAUGUCAAUGAGGAAACAAUUUCUAGUAUUAACACUGUUGCUGAGCUUGCCGGUCAUUGCAGCGCAAGGGAUCCGUACCAAAGGCCUGACAUGAGUCAUGCAGUCAAUGUACUUUCUUCACUUGUUGAGCAGUGGAAGCCAUCUAAACGAGACGAUAUUGAUGAGAUGGACGCAAUCAACUUUGAUGUGCCGUUAAAUGAAGCAGUAAAGAUGUGGCAAGCUGCUGAGGGCAAAAGCAACAUCGAUGAAUCUUCAUGUUCAUCAGUAUUUCCUAGUGGGGAUGUUACCCAGGCCAGCAUACCUAAUCGGCCUUCUGGAUUUGCAGAGUCGUUUACAUCAUCAGACGGGCGGUAAAGACAUUGAGAUCGAGUUGCCUUGUGGCUUGUAGUGUAGUUUAUUCCUUCUGCUCCAUGUUUGCUCUUGUGCUUUCCUGAUCUGACAGGGGAUACAUUUUCUUUUCCCAUCUUUAGCUCACAUUAGUUUAGAUUAGGCAUAAUGUCGAUUUAGUCAUGUCCGACAUGUUUCGUUACAAGGAGUCGAGGAACACUUGUUCUGCAAUCUCGCAAUCUUCCUUCUUUUUCGAUUCAAAGGUCUCUGUUUCCUCCUCCU